AUGGCUACAAUACGCACGUAUCGCUCGUCCCCCAAAUCCAUUCAAUCAAUAGUGAUUGUCCUAUUCUUGCUCUUAGCGGCUUAUGUAUUUUUCAAUGGUAAUGGUGGAAAGAAGAAGACGAAAGGUUCAAAAUCAUCCGCUGGGGAGGAUCUGGAAAGUGGUAGACAUACUUCUCGCAGUCGGAGAGGAUCAGGGGAUUUGAGCGAUGAGGAUGGUAAAGACCGAGAAAAAAGGCGGAAAAGAGAGGAGAGGGAUAGACGGAAGGGCAAAGGUGGUAGAUUGAUUAGCGGUCCUCCCGGUGAAACGGGCGGUGAUCGAUCUUCAGACGAUGGGAAAAAGAAGAAGAAGGACAAGAAAAAGAACAAGAAAUCCAAAGAAUGGGACAAACCACCUUCCGAACCACCUAUUUCAGCUGCUCCGGACCACCGAACGGCUACACCCUCCAGAUCAGCUUUUAGACAAAGACUACCGGAUGACAGUCUAUCACCCACGCCAAAUACUCAGAAUGGGAAUAGAAUCAGAUGGGUAGAUGAGGAGAACAAUCUGAAAUCACCGGUGACUAAACAUUUCAGGAAAUGGGGAGAUUUCAUGGGCUUGACAGACGACACCGACAAAGGAAUUUUUCAAAAUGCAACUAAGAAGGAGGAUAAAGCGGGUAAGAAAUUGCCCUUCCCUUCCAGGUGGUCAUCUGAGCAAAUCAUUCGACAACAAGCGGAAAAUGAACAGAAAGGUGUAGUUACGGAUAAAAAAUUGCAAAUACCAGAAAUUAUCCUGCAGAUGAUGCAUCAAGUUGAGAAGACUUCACAAGCGAAACCAUCCGAUGCAAGAUUAUGGGACGUCGCAUUACAAGAUUCAUGGGAUGACGAUCUUGGGAGUUUACCUACAGUCGCUAUGACAGUCAUGGAAGAACUAAGUCGGUUCAUAGGGAGGAAGGAAAUAGCGGCGAUCCAGGCAAAGAUGGAGCAAAGGGUAAAGAAGAAGGCCAAAUUUGAUAAAAGUAGGAAGUUCAAGAAUUUCGUUGCGAGUCUAGAAGUUGAUCAGGAUUCACCCGAAUUCCCAUAUAAAUUCGUUUUGGGAUGGUAUCUAGAUACUUUCAGAGCCAAAGCGUAUGCAUCCAGAAUGAUCAUCGAUAACAAGACUACACCGAUGACCACCGAUUCCAACAUUGCCAGAGUAUCUUUCAUCCUAGGUUGGCUGGAAUAUAUCGGUGAACUGAACAAAGCUCAAAGGUUAUUUGUGGGCUGGGAUCUAUCUGGUUUGACUUUAAGGGCGCAAGCUAUGAAAGAAAAUGGUACUCAUUACCGACUUGACGUGACGAUUUUCUUACCUUGCGAAUUGGAAGAUCCGUCCAAAUGGGCUCAGAGAUUCCAACAAUCAUGUAUGGCUUUCCGACAUUUUCAUUCAGAAAUGGUACGACAGUUCAACAAUACCUCGAACGAUUUCAUGGAUGGCAGCGCUUUCAAAAGACGUCGGUUGAUUUUCCGUCCCGGGUGGAUUACCAAAGGAGUCAACAAAUCGUCUGAUCCUACACCUGAUCAAUCCGUCGCUCAACGUACGUUGAUACGACGAAAUCCGAAAGUCAUUGUUAUCCCCUCUCAGAACGAUGUAGAAGGUAAUUCGAGAUUACAAGAUCUCAUGAAAUAUGCAGGAUUAGAUUCAACAAAGAAAAUGAUGAGUCAACUCGCACCUGGAGAAGUGAUUUUCCAAGAUAUACGCCAAUUCCAAUGGGAUAAAAAUAGCUUGACCCCUCGGAAUAAUACUUUAACACCUGAGAAUUUCUGGUUGGCGUAUCAAAUUGCAGGAGAUCGAUUACAACAUGAAAUGGAGGUUGACGAUACUUUCUUACCUAGAACAAUGUACGACUUUAUACGUUCUUUGGAUCUUGGUAGUUAUAUACCUUUUCAUCGAAUACAAUCUGAAAGACAAUUUCUGAGAAUAAAUGGAUUUCCAGCAUUGGAAUUAUUGAUACUAUCUUAUAUACCCCUUGGACAAGAUGGAUCUACAAUUGAAUUGAUCUUGGAUCCGAGAUUUGGUUUGACCAGAGAAUUGGAGAAUGAGAAGAAACCUACAAGACAUUUGAAUAGACAACCAAUAAGGUUGAAAUUGUUCAUUGCCAUUUCGGAUAUACGACUAAUGGAGAAUAUCCAAUCAGACUUAGAUAGGUUUUUCGCUACUCUAGCGAACCAAUACCUCAAAGAGGGAAUGAGAAAAUCACAAAUUAGAGAUACAAUUAGAGGAAUGGUAUUUAAAGUGUUGGAUAAUGUUUAUGUGGUUGAUGAGAGUCAGGCUAGUAUGGCUCAAGAAGGUAGAUUACCUAAAGGUAUGAGAUUAGGAUAUGAACCAAAUUUCCCUAAUCAACUCCUAGGUGACGAUACACCUAAUAACGGUCAAAGUGGUAAUCCAUUUAGAUCACCUAGACCUACUACACCUACAGCACCCCCUCAAUCGCCGUAUGGUGCUAGACCAUCACCAUUCUUAUCUCCCUCUUCUCCAGGAAUACAACGACCACCUGCACCUGUCCCGCAAAAUGGUCAAGGACCAUUCUACCCGCCUACAUCACCUUCUAACUCCAAUCCUACCGGAACCCUAGCCACCCGACCACCAGUACAAUUCACUGAUCCCCGACGAGCCGAGGCUGCCGCGGAAGAAGCUAGACGAAAGGCUCAAGAAAAUGCUCAAUUCUCGCCACCUGCACCUGCACCUGCACCUGCACCUGGGUCACCCACUACUUCGAAUUAUAGACCUCCUUCGGUAGCUGAUGCUGAUGAUGAAGAGGACGAACCUCUACCGCAGGGGAGAUUUGGCAAUCUGAGAAAUGCUGAUGGGAAUGUAUCGAGGGGUGGAUCAGGGGAGAAAGGACCUGAGACGUUGAUCUAG